CUUGGAGGUCCAGUCCUCCUUCGCUGCUCCGCCGGGGGCAGCGCACUCUCCGCCCGGCCUCGCGGCUGCGAUACCAGGGCUUCCCGCCGGCAUCAUGGGCGGCCUCGAGCUCCCAUUCGUCCUGUUGGCGCUGGUCCUCUGCCAGGCGCCCCUGGGGCCAGCAGCCCCGGUGCCGGUGGGCGAAGGGACCGUGCUGGCCAAGAUGUAUCCGCGCGGCAAUCACUGGGCGGUGGGGCACUUAAUGGGGAAAAAGAGCACGGGAGAGUUCCCCUACGUGUCCCAGGGAGAUGGCCUGAAGCAGCAGCUGAGGAAACACACUCUAUGGGAAGAGGCUGCAAGGAAUUUGCUGGACCUUAUACAGGAUAAGGGGGACCGAAGCCAUCAGCCACCUCAACUCCAGCCCCUGGGCAAUCGCCAACCCACUUGGGAUUCAGAGGAGCGCAGCAACUUGAAAGAUGUAGUUUUUCCAGUUGGCAGACUCUCUGCUCCAACCUCUCCAGGGGAAGGAAGGGAUGCCCAGCUGAGGGACAAUGACGAUGGCCUCAGAGGAGCCAAACAAAAUCCCUGAGAGACUGCCUUCCGCAAGUGUCACCUCGGCUGGAUCGGCACCAUCUCCUUUGUGCAGAACAUCUAACCGUCCUCGUAUCUCUCAACCUUGGCUGAGUCCGCGAUUUCCCAGCAGCAUCUUCUGGUCUGAACUUGUUUGCUGUAAGAUUGUCCCAAAUGAGUCUUCCAAUGAAGCUUUUGCCAUCUUGGCUCUUGGUUGAUUAGGUCCAGGGCCCCGAUCUGUCAUCGUUCACAAUAAAAGCUUAAACACCUUG